CCAGCUCCGGCUCACCCACCCUCUGUCUCUUUCAGAUCCCAGAACGCCGCGGCGCUGCAACACUCUGCUCACCCGAAAAAUCCAAAUAAACCCCUUUACAACCUUCAGGCAGGCAGCAGAAAACAAAAAUGCGCCCGAUGCGGAUCUUUGUGAACGACGACCGGCACGUGAUGGCCAAGCACUCGGCCGUGUACCCCACGCAGGAGGAGCUGGAGGCCGUGCAGAACAUGGUUUCCCACACAGAACGGGCCCUCAAAGCCGUCUCCGACUGGAUCGACGAGCAGGAGAAAGUCAGCGGGGAGCAGCCGGAGACGGAGUCCAUGGAGACGGCGGCCGAGGAGGAGAGCAAGGAAGGAGGGGAUCAGAAGGCCACGGAGCAGCUGACGAGGACCCUGCGGGGGGUGAUGCGCGUGGGGCUGGUGGCCAAAGGCCUCCUGCUGAAGGGGGACCUGGACCUGGAGCUGGUCCUGCUGUGCAAAGACAAACCCACGGCCAAGCUCCUGGAAAAAGUCGCCGAUAAUCUGGGAGUGCAGCUCGCGGCCAUCACCGAGGACAAAUACGAGAUCAUCCAGUCGGUGGGAGACGCCGCCAUCAUCAUCAAGAACACCAAGGAGCCGCCGCUGACGCUGACCAUCCACCUGACGUCCCCCGUGGUCAGGGAGGAGCUGGAGAAGCAGCUGGCCGGAGAAACGCUCUCAGUCACCGACUCCCCGGACGUUCUGGACAGGCAGAAAUGCCUUGCUGCCUUGGCGUCUCUGCGCCACGCCAAGUGGUUCCAGGUUUGCAUUUUGUUCUUAUAUUUAUCUUUAAGUAGAAAGAUUGGUAAACUCUUUUUAAGGGGCUGACCUCUGGAGCUGCUGUGUGAGAAAUCCAUCGGGACGGCGAACCGGCCGAUGGGCGCGGGCGAGGCUCUGCGCCGCGUGCUGGAGUGCCUGGCCUCGGGCAUCGUCAUGCCAGAUGGUUCUGGUAUUUAUGACCCUUGUGAAAAAGAAGCCACUGAUGCUAUUGGGCAUCUAGACAGACAACAAAGGGAAGAUAUCACACAGAGUGCUCAGGUAUAGUGUGACCUCCAUCCG